AUGUGGAAGCCAGCAUGGUUAGAGGCCCUUAACACACAGAAGUUCUUCGUUGCAUGCUCUUUCCAUGAGCACGCCAAGAAGAACGAGAAGAACAUCUGUUGCCUUGACUGCUGCACCAGCAUCUGCCCACACUGUGUGGCAGCACACCGUGUACACCGGCUCCUGCAGGUGCGGCGAUACGUCUACCAUGACGUUGUCCGGCUGGAGGACCUUGAGAAGCUUAUUGAUUGCUCCAGUGUUCAGUCUUAUACCAUUAACAGCUCUAAGGUUGUUUUCCUGAAGAAGAGACCACAGAAUAGGCAAUUCAAGGGAUCAGGGAAUAUCUGCACCUCCUGCGACAGGAGCCUUCAAGAACCGUAUUUCCACUGCUCUCUGGAUUGCAAGGUAGAGUAUAUACUACGGCAGAAGAAAAAUUUGUCAGCAUACUUGCGCCCAUGCAAGACCUUGCAGCUUGGCCCUGACUUCUUCAUUCCUCAUGAUGCUGAUGAUGACACAACUCACUCAACCCUUGUUGAUGUUGAUGAGCCCAUGGGAUCAUCGGACUCUGAGAAUUUGAGUGCACCAUGCACAAAUUUUGUUCGGAAAAAACGGAGUGGACCAUAUAUUUGUGCACGGUCUGCAAACAGAGUGUCUGAUGAAGACAUGGCCACAAAUAUGAGCAGAAGGAAAGGGGUUCCUCAUAGAUCGCCUUUGUGCUAA